ACCCCACUUUUCAUACCUUUUAGUUAGCGCGUUUGAUGCUGAUAGGUGUCUGUUUACAUGUGUUUCUCUUGAUUUAAGUAUUUUCACUAAUUCUUGUUAAAAAUCUCUCAAAAUGUCUAAAGAAGUAAUAAACGCGUUAGUUUUUGAUUACCUAAAUUCUUUAGAUCAAAAUUUAGCUAAAAUGUUUCAAACUAAAACUAAAGCCACAAAACUACAAAGAGGGCAAGUUAAAUUGGAUCAAAUAGUAACUUCUCAUUUAAAAUCAUCAGGAAAGCCCAUUAAAGUACAAAAAAAUGGACCGACUGUUGACCAAAUUAUCAAGAUGAGUAAUGGAAAAGCUGAUGAUUCUUCUUCUGAAGAGAGCUCCGAAGAGGAGGAAAAAGCAAAACCCACUAAUAAACCAAAAAAGGAAGUUGAUGUAUCAAAUAAAACUAAACCUAAUUUGACUGUCCAGAAUGGCAAAAAAAAAGAUGCAAGUAGUUCAGAAGAAAGCUCUGAAGAAGAUGAUGAACCUCCAGUUAAAAAAGCAUGUCCACCUCCUAAAAAAGAAGUAGCUAAGCCUAUUACUAAAAAAGAAUCAAGCUCAGAAGAAGAAUCAAGUUCAGAGGAUGAAGCACUUCCACCUAAAAAAACGGUUUCAAAGCCUGUAACUAUGCCAGUUGCUGCUAAUAAAUCUGUAGCAGCAGAAGAAUCAUCAGAAGAUAGUUCUGAAGAAGAAAGUUCUGAAGAUGAAAAGCCUGCAAUCAAGUUACUCCCAAAACCACCAACAAAACCGAAAGCUGUAGCUAAAAAAUCUGAUUCUGAUGAAAGUUCUGAAGAAAGUUCAGAGGACGAAAAGCCAUCUGUUGUAAAAAAAAAUCCUCAACCUGUAAAAAAAAUUAAUGAAUCUAGUUCUGAAGAAGAUAGUUCGGAAGAAGAAAAUGUUCAAAAAAAAUCUCCUGCAAAAAAAGUUGAAACUGCUAAACAAAAUAAAAAAGAAUCAAGUUCUGAAGAAGAAAGUUCUGAGGAUGAAAAACCUACAGUUAAAAAGACACCUCAACCUCCAGCUAAAAAGGCUGAAGAAACUAGUUCUGAAGAAGAAAGUUCAGAAGAUGAAAGUCCAGCUACAGCCAAGCCUAAUAAAACAGUUACUAAACCAAUAGUGGCAAAAAAAUCUGCUGAUAGUGAUGAAGAAUCAAGUGAUGAAAGUGAAGAAGAAACUUCCAAUACCCAAAAUACCUCUAAGAACCAAAUCAAACCUCAACCUUUUGUAAAAGCUACAAAUGAAAAUGAUAAUGAUGAAAAUGACAAUAAAGAAGAAAACCAAGGUUUUCAAAGCGCCGAUAGAGGUUCUCGAAAUGGAUUUGGAUUCCGUGGUGGCAGAGGGGGACGUGGUGGAGGAUUUAACCGUGAUAGUGAUAAGAAUAAAGGUGGACGAAAUAGUUUUGGUAGAGGUGGUGGUGGAGGCGGCGGCUUCAAAAGAAAGUUUGAUGAUGGUGAAAAUGGAGGAGGUGGAUUUAGAAAAAGUUUUGGUAAUGAUGAUGAAAAUGGUGGCGAACGCCGUAGUUUUGGAGACAAAAGAGGUUUUGGUGGAAACAGAUUUAGUGGUGGUCGUGGUGGAUUUGGAGGUCGUGGUGGUGGAGGUCGAGGAGGAGGGUUUGGUGGACGUGGUGAUGGUGAGCGUGGUGGUAGAGGUGGAUUUGGUGGGCGUAGUGAUGGUGACCGUGGAGGUAGAGGUGGAUUUGGUGGACGUGGUAGAGGGGGUCGGGGAGGUGGUGGCGGUUUUAAUAAAGAUAGAUCUUUCAAUAAUAGUUUUGGAUCAAAUAAUUCAACACCACAGAAUAAAAAAAUUAAGUUUGAUGAUUGAAAAGGUCAUUAUGAGUGUUGGGGAAAAAAAGCAGCCCUUGACUUGCAAUAUACUAAAGGAAAAUCAUUUAGACAUGAAAAAACAAAAAAGAAGCGUGGUUCUUAUAGAGGUGGACAAAUUGAUGUUGGAGUUAAUUCAAUUAAAUUUGAUGAUUAAUACCUCAUUACUUUUAACUAUGUUACAAUUUUUUAAAUAUUACUAUUGUUGUUAUAAACAACAAGCUUAAAAAUUAACGUAAUUUUUUUUCUAAA